AUGCCGGCCGUCAACACAAGAUUUCUCGCAAUCUCCGACACUCAUGGGCUGGAUAUCCAUGUGAACACUGACCACGCCUUUCGGCUACCUCUACCAAAAGUUGAUGUCUUGUUACACUGCGGUGAUCUUACUCAAGUCGGAGGACAUGGAUCUCUCCGUAAGGCUCUCAAGAUGCUAGGGGAAAUAGAAGCAGAGCUCAAGCUAGUCAUCGCCGGUAACCAUGAUCUUGAGCUUGAUGGUGACUACUGGCUUAAGCAUCUUGACGAGGAAGGCGGCGACGAGCCGGAAGAGCAUGACCAAGCUGUAGCUAUCAUGAAGAGUCCUCUAGCAAGGGACGCUGGUGUCAUAUACUUAGACGAAGGCACGCACCACUUCACCCUCCAAAAUGGCGCCUCCUUCUCAAUUUACGUCUCCCUAUACUCGCCUGCAUUUGGCGACUGGGCCUUUGGAUCAGUACCUUCUCACGACAGAUUCACUGAUCUGCAGUCUCCUGUCGACAUAUUUAUGACGCAUGGACCGCCAAAAGGCAUACUAGAUCUUUGUCCUCAAGACAAUGUCGGCUGCGAACACACUCUUCGCGCUCUUCAACGCGUCAAGCCCAUGCUGCACUGCUUUGAACACAUCCAUGAGGGCUACGGGGCGCAAACGAUCACAUGGGAUGACAAGCACCCUCGAGCUUCUCAGCCAGCAAGCGUCAGCAAACAUGAUCGAUGGAAUAUUGUUUGCAAGAGCAACAAAGCGCAAGAAACACUCCUCAUCAAUGCUGCUAUACAGGGGGAUAAUGGUGCUUUCUGCAACGCAGCUUGGCUUGUGACCCUACCACUAAGCGCGCACAAUUAA